AUGCCUUCAAAAUCAAAUCAACCCCCGAACCUGGAUCUCAAAACCACUUCGUUCAACAAGGGCAUUUCAAACCCCGCAUCGAAAAGCGCCGAUGCUCUGAAACCGGAAUCCACGUUGAGUCCUCUUGCACCCCGUUCCCCGAGAUCCUCUCCAUCAUCGCCGCGGUCAAUCAGAGAUGAGCCAACGAUACGACCAGUCACCUCGCGAUCAAGAACAGGUUCGACAAACGGACCGCUUUCUCCGAAUGAUAUAGAGCCACCCACCCCAGGCUUUACCGCUAUGCCCCAAUACCCACCGUCGCCAAAAGAGAAUAAACAUAACCGUGACCCUUCACGCUCUUUUUUUGCCAAUUUAAAGGCUUCCAGAUCAUCGCAUAAGAUUACCAAUUCCGACAGCUCAGGCCUAUCAGCAGAACCGCCCUCUAAAAGUCGUGGAAACUCCCGUGAUCGCUCUCAUCUGACGCUACAAAAGAAUAACUCAAUCUCCGAUCUUCUAGAAACCGCUUCUCGGCAGGGCAAGGAGAAACCCGACGAUAUUCAGAAUGAUCAGCAGAGAGGCCAAGUGAUGGAUGAUAAUCGAAAUGGUGUUCGGCAACAUGUUCAAGGCCCACCGGUGAAGAAGAACAAGCCUCGAUUCGGAAAUCUGCUCUCCCGAACUCGCUCAGUUAGGGUAGACGACAAAUCUGCGCCCAAAAGCGCGGGCCUGCGUCGCCCUUCCAAUGCCACUCUUCUCAAAGUGUCCGAAAGCCAGGAGGAGAUAUCUGAACCUCCUAAAACGGCGCCCCUACGAGUGGACAAGGAUUUCCACGAAGGAUCCAACCCGAAUGGAAGUAAUCGCCCUGCUGAUCGCCCAACUGAGAUCCGCCCGCAUACCAGUCGUCGAGAAAAAAAUCCAUCACUAGUGCCGUCAAGCUCACUCAUGCAGGUAUCUGGAGCAUCGACAUUUUUGUUCAACAAUAUUAAACACACGUCUAGUGGAGCUGCGGACCGUCUAGGCAAGGCUGGAAAAGGUUUCUUUGGUAAGAUUACGAGAAGCGGAAGUACAAAUGAGCGAGAAGUUAUCCUAGAUGACAACUACGUGUGCUCUGUCAUUAACCUUCCUCUUAUUGAGCAAACUCGAAAAACACGAAUCUCGAAGCGGCUGGAAGACUGCAAGGAUAAGACCGAGUACUGGAUGCCCGCACUGCCUUAUCGUUGUAUCGACUAUUUGAACUACAAGGGGUGCGAAGAGGAGGGGUUAUACAGGGUUCCUGGAAGUGGAAAGGAUGUUAAACAUUGGCAACGUCGAUUUGACACGGAAGGCGAUAUCAAUCUAUUUGAUGAGCCCGACUUGUACGAUAUCAACACGAUUGGGUCUAUGUUCAAGGCGUGGCUGCGAGAAUUGCCGGACGAGCUGCUGCCAAAGACAACGCAGCAAAUGAUUGCAGAGAAGUGUGAAGGGGCAACAACGGCACCACAGCUACUGAAAGAUGAGCUGUCAAAACUUCCGCCAUACAAGUACUACCUGCUUUUUGCGAUAACGUGCCAUUUAAAUCUGCUGCAUUCAUAUGUCGAUCAAAACAAGAUGAACUAUCAGAAUUUGUGCAUUUGUUUUCAACCAUGCAUGAAGAUUGAUGGGUUCUGUUUUCAAUUUCUAGUCCGUGACUGGAAAAACUGUUGGCAGGGCUGCUGGACCGAACAGGAAUGGGUGCAGGACGAAAGAGAGGCUCUUGAGAGGGCUGCCAGGGAGGCAAAGGAGGCACAAGAGGCAAAGCUCAAUGGAAACAAACAUACCAACAACGGUCGUAAUGGGAUCGCCGCUCAAGCCUUCUUGCAACAUGAAUCGCCAUUUCCUGAAUCAUCAUCAGCUGCAGAGGAGCGUGCAAUAUCAUCUUCAGGGAGCAGCCAGCCAGAUUACUCUGAUAGCAAUCAACCGGUGAAACCGGUAUCGGCACCACGCAAAACUCGACCGGCCAAUCUUGAGGAUACCGACACAAAUCAUCGACGAAGCGUAUCCCAGUUGCCAGAGUUGGGACCUCCUCUUUCGCCGAUCAAGAUUUGA